AUGUCUCGCCGCAAGCAAGGCAAACCCCAGCACUUAAGCAAACGGGAAUUCUCGCCCGAACCUCUUGAAGCCAUUCUUACAGAUGAUGAACCAGACCACGGCCCGUUGGGAGCUCCAGAAGGGGACCAUGACCUCCUCACCUGUGGGCAGUGCCAGAUGAACUUCCCAUUGGGGGACAUUCUUAUUUUUAUCGAGCACAAACGGAAACAAUGCAAUGGCAGCCUCUGCUUAGAAAAAGCUGUGGAUAAGCCACCUUCCCCUUCACCAAUCGAGAUGAAAAAGGCAUCUAAUCCCGUGGAGGUUGGCAUCCAGGUCACGCCAGAGGAUGACGAUUGUUUAUCAACGUCAUCUAGAGGAAUUUGCCCCAAACAGGAACACAUAGCAGAUAAACUUCUGCACUGGAGGGGCCUCUCCUCCCCACGUUCUGCACACGGAGCCCUAAUCCCCACGCCUGGGAUGAGUGCAGAAUAUGCCCCGCAGGGUAUUUGUAAAGAUGAGCCCAGCAGCUACACAUGUACAACUUGCAAACAGCCAUUCACCAGUGCAUGGUUUCUCUUGCAACACGCACAGAACACUCAUGGAUUAAGAAUCUACUUAGAAAGCGAACACGGAAGUCCCCUGACCCCGCGGGUUGGUAUCCCUUCAGGACUAGGUGCAGAAUGUCCUUCCCAGCCACCUCUCCAUGGGAUUCAUAUUGCAGACAAUAACCCCUUUAACCUGCUAAGAAUACCAGGAUCAGUAUCGAGAGAGGCUUCCGGCCUGGCAGAAGGGCGCUUUCCACCCACUCCCCCCCUGUUUAGUCCACCACCGAGACAUCACUUGGACCCCCACCGCAUAGAGCGCCUGGGGGCGGAAGAGAUGGCCCUGGCCACCCAUCACCCGAGUGCCUUUGACAGGGUGCUGCGGUUGAAUCCAAUGGCUAUGGAGCCUCCCGCCAUGGAUUUCUCUAGGAGACUUAGAGAGCUGGCAGGGAACACGUCUAGCCCACCGCUGUCCCCAGGCCGGCCCAGCCCUAUGCAAAGGUUACUGCAACCAUUCCAGCCAGGUAGCAAGCCGCCCUUCCUGGCGACGCCCCCCCUCCCUCCUCUGCAAUCCGCCCCUCCUCCCUCCCAGCCCCCGGUCAAGUCCAAGUCAUGCGAGUUCUGCGGCAAGACGUUCAAAUUUCAGAGCAACCUGGUGGUGCACCGGCGCAGCCACACGGGCGAGAAGCCCUACAAGUGCAACCUGUGCGACCACGCGUGCACGCAGGCCAGCAAGCUGAAGCGCCACAUGAAGACGCACAUGCACAAGUCGUCCCCCAUGACGGUCAAGUCCGACGACGGUCUCUCCACCGCCAGCUCCCCGGAACCCGGCACCAGCGACCUGGUGGGCAGCGCCAGCAGCGCGCUCAAGUCCGUGGUGGCCAAGUUCAAGAGCGAGAACGACCCCAACCUGAUCCCGGAGAACGGGGACGAGGAGGAAGAGGAGGACGACGAGGAAGAGGAAGAAGAGGAGGAAGAGGAGGAGGAGGAGCUGACGGAGAGCGAAAGGGUGGACUACGGCUUCGGGCUGAGCCUGGAGGCGGCGCGCCACCACGAGAACAGCUCGCGGGGCGCGGUGGUGGGCGUGGGCGACGAGGGCCGCGCCCUGCCCGACGUCAUGCAGGGCAUGGUGCUCAGCUCCAUGCAGCACUUCAGCGAGGCCUUCCACCAGGUCCUGGGCGAGAAGCAUAAGCGCGGCCACCUGGCCGAGGCUGAGGGCCACAGGGACACUUGCGACGAAGACUCGGUGGCCGGCGAGUCGGACCGCAUAGACGAUGGCACUGUUAACGGCCGCGGCUGCUCCCCGGGCGAGUCAGCCUCGGGGGGCCUGUCCAAAAAGCUGCUGCUGGGCAGCCCCAGCUCGCUGAGCCCCUUCUCCAAGCGCAUCAAGCUCGAGAAGGAGUUCGACCUGCCCCCGGCCGCGAUGCCCAACACGGAGAACGUGUACUCACAGUGGCUCGCUGGCUAUGCAGCCUCCAGGCAGCUCAAAGAUCCCUUCCUUAGCUUCGGAGACUCCAGACAAUCGCCUUUUGCCUCCUCAUCGGAGCACUCCUCGGAGAACGGGAGCUUGCGCUUCUCCACGCCGCCCGGGGAGCUGGACGGAGGGAUCUCGGGGCGCAGCGGCACGGGAAGUGGAGGGAGCACGCCCCAUAUUAGUGGUCCGGGCCCGGGCAGGCCCAGCUCAAAAGAGGGCAGACGCAGCGACACUUGUGAGUACUGUGGGAAGGUCUUCAAGAACUGUAGCAAUCUCACUGUCCACAGGAGAAGCCACACGGGCGAAAGGCCUUAUAAAUGCGAGCUGUGCAACUAUGCCUGUGCCCAGAGUAGCAAGCUCACCAGGCACAUGAAAACGCAUGGCCAGGUUCUUCACACACCCCCAUUCGGCGUAGUACCCAGAGAGCUCAAGAUGUGUGGCAGUUUUCGGAUGGAAGCUCGAGAGCCCUUAAGUUCUGAGAAAAUGUGAAGCCCCCCGGGGCGGGGUGGACGUGCCG